UCCGCCUAAAGCGGUACAUGCUUCAUUUCCAAAGUUUCUGUGUUUUAGAAUUCUCUGGAUUGAUAACUGAUUGAAGUGAACAGAAACCAAGUUAGUUUAAGUAUUUCCAAACAUGAAAUGGCCGAUGAAGACUUACAAAAGGAUCUGUAUAAAAAUUGGGUCCGCGGUGCAAAGGGUUUAGAAUACUUAAAGGAAGGACUUCAAGCCUUUGUUGAAGACAAAGUGCAGCAUUGUCGUGACCAAUUCUUACAAAAAGUAACACAUGUCUUGCCGACAGGAUCAACGCAUCAAUGCAAUCAGUGUACGUCUCAAAACCUUUUGCCUAAACAUGCAAAAAAGAACGCCUGUAAUAGAAACACAUGCACAGAAAAGAUCCCAAAGAAUUGCUUUGGUAGUAAACCAAACGGUCGUAGAAAAUGCCCAAAUGGAAUAUGCAGUAAAUUAUAUGAUGAAAUUGUACUUGACCAUUCCUCGAGGGAUCCGCUGUGGAAGAAUACAGAUCCAAGUACUUGGUGUUCAGAUCCGCUCGGAUGGAGCUUCGGAAAAUGUUUUCAAACAACAACAGGCCCUGGUAUAUCAGCUAGCACAACCGAUGCUCCCGGACUCCUAAGCAUUCUUAUCAAUAACCUAACGAUACAGAACAAUUGGCUGGCGUGCAAUGACAUGUCCUCAAAAAUAACAUGUCCUUUUAACAGGGCAAGAGACAUCCGUAAUGCAAUUCUGCAUAGUCCGAAACUCGAACUUGAUGAACCGACUUUAGGAUAUUAUAUAGAUACAUUCAUAACAGUUCUUCAAGAUGCAAAAUGUCUUCUCAACUGCAAUGGAUCGAAACAAGCUGUUGAUAAACUAUUACAGUUGAAAAACCAACAAAUUAAUAUAAGUCAGGAAGAUGAAACAAGACUUGUCCAACGUCGGAAAGAGGCAUUGUCUGAACUAGAGGAAAGGACAGCAGAAGGACUGCGCGAUAUUGACAACAAAACUGCAACUGCUAUAUCUACCAUCAAAUAUGAUGUUGACAUUGCUUUGUCUGAUAUAGAACAGACUAAAGCUAGAGUAAAACUCAACGUUAUUGAGGAGAAACAGAACGCCUUGUCUGAUAUAGAAGAAGCAAAGAGGGGAGCUGAACAGGACUUUAAGGAAAACACAAAAACUGCCUUGUCUGAAUUAGAAGAAGCAAAGGAAAGGUCUGCAAAGGAUGUUAAAGAAAGUAAAAAAGGUGCCUUAUCCGAAUUAGAAGAAGCAAAGAAAGGAGCUGAACAGGACAUUAAACAAAGCACAAAUGAUGCCUUGUCCAAAUUAGAAGAAGCAAAGAAGCGGGCUGCACAACACAUUAUAGAAAGCACAAAAGGUGUCUUGUCAAAUUUAGAAAAAGCAAAGAAAGGGGCUGUACAGGACAUUAAAGAAAGCACAGAAGGUGUCUUGUCCAAUUUAGAAGAAGCAAAGGAAGGGGCUGCCCUGGACUUUAAAGAAAGCACAAAAGCUACCUUGUCUGAAAUAGAAGUUGCAGGAAAAGGGGUUGCACAUGACGUUAUAGAAAGCCCAAAAGCUGCCUUGUCUGAAUUAGCAGGAGACCUGAAGGAAAAUUUGAUAGUUCUCUACAGGCAAGAGUACCAUGCCCUGCCUCUUUCACCUUUGGUAGAGGAACAAGACACGCCUCUACUUAAGUUUUACGUCAUGCCUGACAUAAAUUCAGUGGAACUCCAGAGGUCGUUUGGAGGAGAAAAAGAAAUUAAAUCAAAGAUCACCUCAUUGCAUGAUGUGUUCUACAAGAAAAACAAAACGUGUCGUGAAAUUUACCUUACAGCAGACGCUGGGCUCGGGAAAACUGCAUUUAGUAAACGACUCGUUUUAACGUGGUGUCAAGCCAAACAGCGUAUCGAAAGUGAUCAAAAAUUUUUCAAGGAGGAAGAUAUUCAGGCUAUGGCAGAGUUUGAAUUCGUGUUCUUGUUGUCAUUACGUGAUUGCACUGAGGAAUGCGACAUUGAUGAGAUGAUCGUGAAACAAAUAAUUCCAAGGUUGGCAGACCCUUCUGUAACUGUAAGCAACAUAGAAGUUAUUCUUUCAAAGGGCAAACGCUUAGUGAUUCUGGACGGUUUAGACGAGUGGAUACACCCAAUGUCUGCCUGUAAGCAAAGGCAACGUGACAUUCCACACAGGAAAGCUAGGGAAUGUACAAUCCUCACAACAACUAGACCGUGGAAGAUAAGCGUAAUCAGUUUAAGAUUAAGUCAAAUAGAUCAAAAGUUAGAACUUGUCGGACUUAAUAAAGCGUCUGCUAAAGAGUUAAAGAAAAAUGUAAUCUCACUUCUGAGUGGCGAAACUGACACAGAAAAACACAUUCAGAACUUUAAUUCUACUUUGGAAAAUAAAGGUAUUUUGGAUUUGGAAACUACUCCACUUUUACUGAUGUAUCUUUUGUGUUUAUGGUACGAUGGAAUUUAUCCAGGAAGGUCUCAAUGUGAGUUAUACUGCCAAAUUGUUGAGAUGCUCCUGAAACGAACGUUUAAGAAAUAUCCAGACAUGCAACAGGCGUGCGAACCACCCAAAAGUGAUAUCCCACAAUGCUUCAGUGAACAUGUACACUGCACGAAAUACUACCCACUUCUGAAAGCUGUGGGACAAUUAGCAUUUGAAACAUUAUUCAGUGGCAAACGUGAAAGCACGCUGGUUUUUCAAAAAUCAAUCGCCGAAAAAUAUCUUUAUACAGAUAAAGAUACCGAUUAUAUGAAAUUAUGUCUUCUCUCAGGAAUAUUAACACAAAGUAAAGUAGAAAAAUUAACCAGUCAAAGUUCUAAAGUUUCAUUUUCCCACAAAACAGUGCAGGAAUAUUUCUGUGCACUAUACAUUGUGUGCCAAAAUAAAAAUGAGGUCCAAAAAUUCGUCAAACAAAAAUUCAGCAGUUUACGAAACAUUCUUGAUAUGUCGACAGUGUUUUAUUUCAUCAGCGGAAUGAAUGCAGAAAUCAUGUCUUCAAUUUCUCGAGAGUUGAUGACUGCGAUCAACAAAGCUCAAACAACGAGAACAUACAGAUCUAUGACAUAUUACGAUUCCAGUUACGUUAAUCCUCUGAAAGAUAUACAAAACUUGUACAUUUCUUGUUUGAAAGAAACCGAAGGCAAUACUAAUCUUUGUUUCCAGGAUUUUAUUAUCGACGAGAACUAUCAAAUAGAAAAACUUGUCUUACUGGCAAUUCACAAUAAACUUAAUAUACAGUCAAUAUUAAUCCGGACAGGUCUUUAUAGUUUACGUGAUCUAUUCGAUCAGUGUGAACUUGAUGACUUUAUCAGGAUCAAGAAAAUAUACUACAGUGGAAAAUGUGAAGAAGCGGAAAUUAUUCGGUUGUUGAAAAGCAGGUCACUGGAAUGUGUAGCUGUUAUAUCAAAUACAUGGCAAGGUAAUAAAUUUAUACCCAAACACAGUUCUUGUUCCAGUGAACUGGCUAAAACAUUUCAAAAUAUUUCUCAGUUACGAGCAAUCUAUAUCAAUUGUUUCAAGAUGGAGCACGAUGUGCUGAAGGACUUUCUGAAUUAUAUUAUAAACAGAAAAUCAAUGGUGGAAAUUAGAUUGUUCAAAUUACAUUGUGUCACACACGAGAUUAACUGCAGAGAAAUUAAUCUGGACUUUUCCCAACAUUCAGAUCUAAGGUCGUUAGCGUUGAGCGCUAUACCUGCGUCACAAUUAAAAGUGGAUGUAUCGUCAUUAGAGGACUGUGAAGUAGGACUAUUAUCUGAACCUGGUCUGGUGACGUCAUACCUGAGAGAGCUGCCAGCAGCCGGUAAACUACACACAUUUAAGUCUGGUUCUCUAGAAUCUCCCGGUGACAUUGAAACAUUGCUGCAAACAUUACCAUUGUUAGUUCAAGUGAAACACGUUACGUUGUAUAGAAUCAGCCUAGGUGAAAGGUCACUGUCACUCUCACCUGAAAUGGUGAAUAUUGAACUUGUUGACUUGUUUAUGGUAACAAUGUCUGGUUCAUCUUUACGUGAUCUGGUUAAGGUAGUGGAGAAACUUCCACAGUCAGUGACAGUACGAAUGCGAGGUUGUAAUUUAACACCGGAAACAGAAUUUGAAGACGUUAAAAAAUAUAUAAAAACAUCUAAGAAUUUCGUUGUCAUAUUUGAUGGAAUCACUCAGAUUAACGAGUACGCAUUUGAGUUUCAAACCACUGAAGAUGGAAGUCGAGUAAACUAAGUUACUCAGUGAACUUGGGCUGAUAUUGUAAAUAUAUUAUAAUCAUAAUUCAUUGAAUAUAUGUUACAUGGAUAUAUUACACAGGUACAUAUUACAUAUGACAUGUAUACGUAUAUUUUUACAGAAGUCAAGUAGAUGCAUGUUAAACAGACACGAAGACUAUUUCUGGUGAAAGUUAAAAUAGAAUCUAACUUUGUACAUGGAUGGAAAGAUGAACGUUCUAACGUGGAUAUAUAACAUGCUACACAUGUUUUAAAAAGUUUACAGAACUGAGCCACGUCAUCCUAAAUAUGAAAUAUCCGCGAGAAUAGAAUUGUUCAUGUAUUGAGCUCAUUUUUCAAAUUGACAUGUUUUUGUACCUAAGUAUGUUAAGGACAUGCAUUUAUGUUUCAAGAUUAAAUUAUCUCCUGCGCUUAUCUCGUGCACAUGACAUCUUAUCUCCAGCAAGCAACAUCUUAUCUCGAGUGCAUGACAUAUUAUCUCGUGCGCACGAUAUCUUAUCUCGAUCGCGAGACAUCUUAUAUUGUUCACACGACAUCUUAUCUUGUUGGCACCACAUCUGAUCUCGUGCGCACGACAUCUUAUCUCUUGCAUGUAUGAAUUUUGGUUUUACAUAUCUUUAAUACAAAUAAAAGACAAUUUUAUGUUUACGUAAAGUAUAUGUAUUAGUUUUCAUAUUUUCAAAUAUGCAUUUUGGGUCCACUUGACUUUUGACUGUGUUUCUUUAAUAUACAUCUUUUCUCGUUUCCAUAGGAGACAUAAACGCGUACAUGAGAAAACCUGGUGAUAACAUAUAUAUGCAAUCACCAACUUUUAAUAUUUUAUGUGAUCUUAAAUGACUAAAAUGUAAUUUUAAUGUGGCAUACAAAAAACAAAUAAAACUAAAAGACUUCUCCAAAAUCACAACCUGUCACCAGCUGAUAAUCAAUAUGCUCUGCACAAAUCUACUGAUCAUGUGGCCACAAAUUCGAUAAUAUGACUGGCUACGGGAAAACUAACUUAACAAAAGCAUGUGAAAAUCAUGGAAAUUAUUACAUUAAAGACACUGUCUGACUUGUCAGCUCUGAAUGUUUAAAAUAAAAAAUAUGGAAACCAACUUUUAUGUUUAAAAACAACAUAAUAAAUGUAUAUCAAAAUAA